AUGGAAAACAAGAGAGAGGAUAAUGUAGAUGAACAGAGGUUCAACUGCAUGGUGUGUAUGUGUCCCAGAUUGAGAAUGGUAUUUGGAGUCUGUCAACAUAAGUUUUGUGCUGAUUGUCUUUAUAAUCAAGAUGGCUCACUUAGAAUUUCCUCUUGCCCUAUGUGCAAUAAAAUUGGUCAGUUUCCAUUGGAAAGGCCCAUUAUUCCUGAUGAUAAUAUUGAAAUUCAGAAGAGACUUGGUAUUGUGGAGUGUCCAAAUGAAGGCUGCUCAUAUGAAAUGUGGGUCUGGGAUCAAGAACAUCAUUUAAGUGAAUGCCCCAACAGACAGCAGCUGGUUACAAAAAAGAAACCUAGCAAUCGAAAGAAGGAUCAAAAUAAGACUCGGAGGCAAUACCUGCAAAGGAAGACUAAAGCUGUUUUACGGAGGAGCACUAGACACAUGCAAAGGAUUGGUGCAAAUCAAAAAUUCUUUUUUUCGUUUCUUUUUUCUUUGCUUUUUUUUUUUUUUUUUUUUUCUUUUUCUUUUUUUUCGUUUUUUUCUUUUUGUUUCUUUUUUCAUUUUUUUCGUUUCUUUUUUCUUUUUUCGUUUCUUUUUUCUUUUUUCAUUUCUUUCUUUUUUCGUUUCUUUUUUCUUUUCGUUUCUCUUUCUUCCUUUUCUCUUUCUUUCUCUUUCCUCUUUUCUUUUUCUUUUCUUAUCUAA